GAUUGAAAACCUAGAAAAAAAGAUUACUUUAUAUAACUUUUAUAUGUGCAAAAGCACAUUCAGGUUGACAGGAUAAGCAAUAUUGCGUGUGGCAAGAGAUGGUGCAGUAAUCGAACAAAGACAGAUGCCGCUCGUUAGACAAGGACAGAUAUAGAUAUAUGACAAGAAAACAGAAUUAGAAAUGUUGACAUUACCGACGUCGAGGAAGUUCAGCCUUCACUUUAGGAUCCCCUUAAGAGGUAGAAAAGCAGUGGAAUACUUCAUGCACUUCCAAGGUUGGAAUCUGUCUUGGAACAAACGCAAAAAGAGAAGCCAUAAGAUGUCAAAGCGCUUAAUCGAAACGAAACAGAGCAUCAAGAACCUCGUCGUAGAGCGAGGUGGCAGUCGAGCUGCAUCAUCUACGAUCAGAAUUUCCGAAGAUGGCAGUUCGGGCCAACACGCUGAUUAUUAUACGGAAAUCGAGGACUGCGAAAGUAAGAAAAGUUUAUAAGAAUUACAUUUGUAAUUUAUAGGAAGCAUAGAAGAGGAUACAGAGAGUAGUUCUGAUUACAUGGGUGAAACAAGUGACGAUGAACACAGUGGGUGGUGGUAGCCAAUCUGGAGCCAGUAUGAAACCAGGCGAUGAUCUUGCUACAGAUAGCACAUUAAAACGGAUUCUAGAGCAGGAUUAUGACCUAAUGAGUAAUAA